UAGAGUGGCGUCAGCCUGUCUUACUGUAAACGUCGGGUUACACGCACGUCGCAGCUCCUGAAAGUUGUAAACAAACAAUUCUACGUUUGAAUUUGAAUCAAGAACACCAAGAUGUAUAUCAACAGAAUGUCCAUCGUCAAAUUCCUUGAGCUGGCGCUCACAUGCACCUGCGUGGGACUCCACUACCAGAGCUACAACGUCGAACCUGAGAUCGGUAUGCUGGUCACCGGCACCUUCGUCGGCUUCCUCAUCAUCUUAUCUGGGGUUGCCUCAGGUUACUUGAUGCAGUCGCCCACCCACAAAAGGCUGGACAUGUUCUAUUCGCUGGUCGGCGUGUGCCUGUUCCUCGCGAGCGGUGGCGUCGUCAUCGACAAAUACCAAGAUCAAUCUAAAUCGGAGAUCGGAAAAUACAACCUAGCCAAGGGUUCCUUGGCCAUCAUCAACGCGGCGGUCCUGCUCAUUGACUCCGUGUUGACGCAACGUGGUGAAUAAGGAGUCAAUACACCCUCCGGGUUCGAACCUCUUCAGAACCAAAGCAUAAAGUUUUUUUUACUAUUAAGCUGUAAUUAUGCUUUAGAAUGUAGCGUAUAGUUCUUGCAACUCACGAAGGCGAGUGAGCUUUGGUGUGUAUACCAGAGGGCCUAGUGCGAGUUUACAUCAAACGCGCUCACUAGUGAGCGCGUCAAAAAAUGACAUUAAAUGUAUGACGGAUUGU